GAGUACCGUUAGCCGGUUUUAGGUUCUUCAUUUCCAAAUAGAAUUCAAAGCGCUAGACUCGUGACAUUAAGUAACGUGACGGAGAACAAGAACUGACACGUAACGAGGAAGGCUGCAUCGAAAGGUGGUGGCAACUUCUUUUGUGCUCUGCAAGGAGUAGGAGCCAAUUUAUACAUCUGGUUCGGCUGUCAACCUUUGGACCUGGGGAAAAUGGAAGCAGCAUGAUUCAUGUUCGACUCUGAGGGGGUAACGGGAAAGCCUGAGCGGACCAGAAGGAAGUCUUUCAUUCUUCGGUAACUAUUUGAUUUUUCUCUCUCCGGAAGAGCUAUCUGUGCACAUCAUUAUAGCAAGGAAUUUCUUUCGUUACAUGUCUGGUUUCCUCUGUCUUAUAUUAUAACUUGUAAAGCCAUUGUCUCUGCUCCUCCACAUAUACACGGUGUCACUGUGAAAAUGUCCUUGCAGUAUAUCAAGGAUGACAAAGGUAAGGAUCAGCUGUUUUAUAAGGGAUAUCUGUAUAAGAAAGUGCGUGCAAGUGGGAACAAAACAUUUUGGAAGUGUGCUGAAUACCGCAAAUACUGUUGUACAGGAAGGGCUCACACCAGCCACGACCAAGUUAUAAAGUCUUUGCCACAUCUUCAUCCUCCCACCAGGAUGCCAACGGAACCUGACCAAGUGCCAUAUGGCAUGAAAAAAAUCACCAUGGGUCCAGAAUCAAUCCCUAAAAUGAAUACAGCGAGUUGUAAUGCAUUGUCAGAAGUUCGUACCAAGAAAUGGUGUACAAACCAUCCAAGUCAGACAAUACAGCGUUUGAGAGCAUGUUUGAAGGCAACCCGCCAACCUUCACCCAAUUUACGGGAACCUGUCACUGCUUUUGAAACGACUGUUAAAGAGCCAAUUAUACCAUCAGCUUUCACAGCUCCUGGCUUUCAGGAGUUCGCUGAUAGCUCUAUCGACAGAACUUCCAUGCCAAACCCUGCUUUUUGUAAAGAGAAACACGCUCUGAACUCACCUUCAAUCCAGGCUAAUCGGGAAGCUGGUCGACAGAGAUUCCGCCUGUCCACCCUCCUACCUGGGGAAUCUCUACAGGAGAUUCUGUCCCGGUUGAAUACCACAGCUCUGCAGUGGCUCUGUCCUCAGGAGCACAGCAAGGACCAGAUUGUGGACAUGAUCAUCCUGGAGCAAUUUCUCAGUGUGCUUCCAGUGGACAUGCAGAAAUGGCUGAAAGCCCAGGAGCCAGGCAGCAGCAAGGAGGCCAUUCAGCUGGCUCUGGCCUACCAUAAACAGGAACCUGCCAAGCCCAUUCAGGAUAUGAUAACCUUUGAAGAUGUAUCUAUUCAUUUCAAUGAGGAAGAAUGGACUCUACUCGACCAUAAAGAAAAAAACCUUUAUUGGAAUGUCAUGCAUCAAAAUUUUGAAAAUAUAGCCUGUCUGGCAAGUGAUCAGAUCAAAGGAAAAAGCCAAAAGGAAGACCCUUUGCAGGAAGUUUUUGAACCAGCAGUGGAGCGGUUGGAAAAAUCCAAGGAGACAAUUUUACAACAUCCUGAACAAAAGUUGAAUUAUACAGUUUGUCACUGUCUGAAGAACCAGCAAAAGAGAACCUUGGAGAAGGAAGAAAUAUUCAUUGGUUCUGAAAGAAAUGUGGUGGGACCAGACAGAGACAUCAUUCUUCUAGGCUCUGAAGUAGGGCUGGAGAGUCAAUGUAUACAUAAUGAUUAUGGGGAAGGUGGUGUAAUACCUAUCAAUGAUCAGAAAAGCCUGAAAGAAGAUGAUCCAACAGGCUCAUAUGGAAUAUCCAAAAAGAUACAUCCCUGGAAUUUUAAGCAAAAUUUAAUCAGAGAGGAACAGAAUGAUACUGAAAGGCAACAGUCAGAGAAAGAAAAAAAUUAUGGAGGCCAUUGGAGAGAUCCAGUCCGCCAUGAAACUAGAACAAGUUGGAAUGCUGUGUGCGCAACCAUUGAUGAUGCAGAACAAACUGAACCACUGAUACUCAACAGUCAGAGAGAUUUUAGAUAUGGAGAUAAUUCAUUGGAAACGAUUAUGGAAAGAAUUUCUCCGAGUCCUGAUUCAGAUCCAAUGCUCCUUUGCUCAAAAAUAUGUUCUGCUGAAUUGAAUGAAGGUAUGGAUUUGACCAGUGCAAACCAGAGCAUUCUGGAAAGCGGUCUUGUUAAUAGUUCAGGGAAUGAAGGAGGGGUGGAGAAACUCAGUUCUUUUGGAAGUGUUUUACAGGAACCAGUAACACAAAUUCCUCAUUCAGAUGUUCAACAAGACUCAGAAGCCGAGUACAGAUACUCCAGUCAUAGUAAUGAAGGUGACACUUCCAAAAUCAGCUUUGGGGGACAGUUGAUUACAUCUCCUAAGUAUAAACAUUUUAAUUCUUUCAAACAGUAUGCCUGUUCCAAUCCUGAGGCAAUCAUCAGUAGCCUUUCAGCUUUAAUAAAACAUAGGAGAGUGGACAGAAAAUAUUUCAGCAGGAGAAAUUUGAAAUUCCAAUCUGGAGCACGUCAUAGAACUCACAUAAGAAAUAAUCUCCAGAAACGCUUGAUUAGGCAUAACAGGCAUUACUUUAAACAAAACAGAACCUGGCUCCUUGAAUCAGGAAUUACUUUAAAACAGUUCCCAAAGUUUGAUCCUGUAACACUUAACACCCAAAUAGGUGAAGCUUUGUACUUGGCUAUGCAAACCAUAAGGAGGUUUUCUGCAACUGGAUUUUUCUUUUCAAGUUCCCCCCAAAUGGAACAACAGGAGAGAUCUUUUCCUCUUCCCUUUCUAGACAAAAUGGCUACUGAGCCUACCUUAAGCCAGAUAAUGACUGUGCUGCAGCAGGUGGCUGCUAAUAUUUCAGAAAUCAAGGCAGCCAUCUCCAGCCUGCAUUCCACUGUAACUAGCCUCCAGAAUGGGUAUUUCUCUGAGUGUACAGUUGAAAGUGAAGGUGGGAUUUCUGGUUUGGAAGAUCCUUCCCAAAACACCAAAGCUCAGCCUGGGCACUCUUGUAACUAUAUUAAAGCCACUGAAGUCAAACAAGUAGGGAAAUCUGUAUAGACCAAUGUAAGAGCUAAAUUGUGUUCAUCCCUGAAUGUUGAAAAAGGUGCAAAUUCUCCGCAUCUCUCCCCAAUUCAUGAAUCAGGAGAUUCAUGAAGAAAAGAUUCAAUUCCCAAACUGACAGAAUAUAGAAUUACAGAGUUGGAAGCACCCAUUUCUAGAAGUAGCCUUUAUUUAUACAGUAGUAGCAUUUUUAUUAAACUUUUCAAAACUGCAAAAAGAAGCAGUGGUGGUCAUAGUAAUAAAAUGAAAGUUUUUUUGUGUGUCAGUGGAUUGAUAGCUGAGCAUGGAACAAAGGUUUUAAGCAGUUUGCUGUAAUCCCCAUGUUCAGAAACAAACAAGAUGGUCUCUCACUGAUCUUCUAUCACACAAAACAUAACAUGGUAAGGAAUAUCUGUCAGAAAAAUUUUCUCUGGGAAAAGAUUAUGCAAAUAGAGAAGCAAAAUAAAGGCUGACCCUUUUUAGAAAAAAGGGAAGAAAAAAAGGAAGCUUUUAAAAUAUGUAUUUUAACAUGAGGAAAUUAUCUCCCUUAGCUCACUCCAUAUAACUUUCUUUUAAGUAUAAUGUUCUUGCAGCUUAGGUGUUAACCAAAAUUCCUUUGAAAAUAGGAUUCUAUCUCUUUUUUUAAAGUAAAUAGUAAACAGUAAGGUAUCCAAGUUAAUAUUACUUUCACUGACCAAAUCGUAGUUUAAAAACUAAGAAGUAUCUGCCUAGAUAAUAACAUGGAUGACAGAAUGACAGGCUAGAAUGGAAAGUCAAAAACAUUCCAGUGAUGAACUGAUUCUUUAUUAUUACCAAAACACCCACAUAUGAACAUGUCUAUAGUUGGGAAAACUAGAAUUUAAACAGUGGGAUACAGAUUUCAAAAAUGAAAUUAAAAACUAUAUUGACAAUUUUCCCCUCUGCCACUCCAAGCUAUCUUCCAUUUCUUUAAAAAACAGUCUGGGACAAAAUAUUUAGAUAGUUUUUAUUUAGCAAUUUUUAUUUAGCAAUUGCCUCAUUCAGCAACUGUUUGCCGUUGCAACAGUAAUGAAGUAAUUUUACACCCAAACCACAUUUAUGCUCUUCGCAGGUCUAUAAAGCAAAGGAAAUCUAAAGAAGGACCAUAAGCACAGUCGCAGUUUCAUUUAGCAACUGCAUUGCUUAACAACCAAGUUGCCAGUCCCAAUUGUGGUUGCUAAAGGCUACCCAUACUUAGCACUUUAUUAAUAACAGGAGUUGCUGCCUAGCAACAGCCAGAUCUCUUGACUGAGAGUCUUGGGAGCAUCUGGGAAGAAUGCUGAACCAAGUACUGUCACAGCAGUGCUGAAUCAUGUGUAGUUAUUGCAUCAUUUAGAUGGUAAUUAUUCUUACUGGGAAAAGCUGGAAGCUCAGGAAACUAUUUUUUUAUCACCAGAAUUUCUCCACACUUUUUUUUACUCUUAAUGAUUCCUUACUUUCUUUGACCACAUUCCUUGAAACUAUCUUUGUCUCUCUUAACACAGUAAAAAUGUACUGUAUUUCUAAUCUGAUUAUCUAUCCCACACUCAAACCCUGUUUUCAUUUUUGUAUCCUUCACUAGUUAUCUUAGUCCGUCAUUUUAAACCAUCAAAUCAAUCAUAAUUUAAUCAUAUUUAUUUGCUAUACAAAUGCAUGCAUUCCCUUAUCUGAAAUAAACAAAAAUUCACCAAACAAUAAUGAUUCUCAUUCAUUUGGAGAGUCUCUGAACACCCAAUUACUUUCUCUAUACUCCCAUUUCAUGCUCAUCCAUCCAUUCAUGUCAAUUAGCAAAAUGCAAUUCCCAAAUUUCUCCUUGUUUCUAUGCAUAUCUCCCAACAAUCUUGAUUGAUUAUGUCAGUACCAGGUCUUAGUGACCAAGUAGACAGAUGUUCUCCAGAAUUAUCUAGUCCAUCAUGGUCCUUCUUCUGGUCCACCAAUUCAUACCCCUUACAUAUUUUAGCCUUUUCCUUCAUAAUUAAAUCCAAAAUUUCAGUUCCCUAGGUAUAUUCAUCAAUGCCAAUCAAGACUUUAUAGUAUGAUGUUUUUCAGAAGAAAGAAAAAAUGCAGACCAGGUAAUAGCUUUAAUCCCACCCAUUCCAGAUGCAGCAUUCCCUGAUGAUGAUAAGAACAGCAACAGCCAGUUCAGGCACACUGUAGCCAGAUUAUCGCAAAGCCAGCUAAAGCCCAGUUUUGUCCCAUGCUAUCCCAGGCCUGAAAAAGUCUCUAAUCUAGGAUAUUCUACAAAAUAUUAGGUUAAAGAUACCAAUAAUUAUGUCCAUGCCAUUUUCAUUUGUCUCAUUAUUUACAAUAACAGGUCAUACAUAAAAAACAAGGUGUCUCCUCUAUGGAUUAUGGAAUAAAGAAUGGUGGAUA